CUCUGGCGACUGGCGAGGCCGCCAGUCCAACACGCAUAUUCGUUGUAUUCGUGGCAAAUUCCUCCUCCCUUUCUCCAGCGAUGUUUACCUCGUAUAUGGGACGGAAAGAAAACUUAAUCGUCAUCGUCGUCUCUCUCUCUCCCCCCCUUGGACUGGCAGGUGAGGCCGAACACGAGGCCAGCACCUAGUUUGAUCUGUUUUUCGUGUUCAUUUUCCUCCUGUUGGCAAACUGUAGUUUAUUUUUUUUAUUAGCUAUCCAUCUAGAUAUCCAAACCUCAACCUCUCUUUAUUUCGUUUAGUUCGUGGUCAACUUCGGAUGCUUCUGAGAGUUCUGAAUUCUAGUUCUGUCGGGGUUGAAUUCCCCCCACCAGUUACAGUUUUAGGGGUUCUGGAAAGCAUGGUGGUGUGAAUGAGAUUCGCCGAAGCUGCCUUAUGGUGAACCAGAGGGGCGAUUGACCAUGACUUUGCGGAGUCAAGUCGGUUCGGUGUUGGAUGCCGACAAUCUCAAGGGGCUUCUUCUUGCUGGGGUUUCCAGCGCGUUCAUUGGAUCGAGUUUCAUAUUGAAGAAGAAGGGGCUUAAACGUGCAGGUGCAUAUGGUGAUCGUGCAGGUUCUGGAGGAUAUGGUUAUCUAUUGGAGCCCCUUUGGUGGGCAGGAAUGGUGACUAUGAUUGGUGGGGAGAUCGCAAACUUUGUAGCUUAUAUUUUUGCUCCAGCCGUUCUGGUGACACCAUUAGGGGCAUUAAGCAUAAUUGUAAGCGCUGUCCUAGCACAUUUCAUGUUGAAUGAGAAAUUGGACAAAAUGGGAAUGCUUGGUUGCCUGUUGUGCAUAGUAGGCUCUACUGUCAUUGUGCUUCAUGCACCUUCAGAGCACAGCCUCACCUCAGUAACAGAGAUCUGGGAUUUGGCAACCCAGCCAGCCUUUCUUCUGUAUACCGCGUCGGUGGUUGCAACAUCACUAGCAUUAAUGUUGCAUUUUGCCCCUCGAUAUGGCCAGACGAAUAUAAUGGUGUACUUGGGCAUAUGUUCUCUAGUCGGCUCACUCACAGUUAUGAGCAUCAAAGCUGUUGGAAUUGCCAUCAAACUCACAAUCGAGGGUACAAACCAAGCUGGAUAUCCACAGACAUGGAUUUUUGCUAUGGUUGCAGUGACAUGUAUCGUGAUUCAGUUGAAUUAUCUGAACAUGGCACUUGAUACAUUCAACACAGCAGUUGUUUCGCCAAUCUAUUAUGCUAUGUUCACAACUCUGACCAUCUUGGCAAGCUCCAUAAUGUUCAAGGACUGGUCUGGCCAGAGUGCUAGUAGCAUAGCAUCAGAGAUAUGUGGAAUAAUUACAGUGCUCUCAGGAACCACAAUAUUGCAUGCAACUAAAGAACCUGAACCACCUCCAGAAACAGGCUUGUAUUCACCACUUGCUCCUUCAGUUUCAUGGCUUGUACAUCUACCAAAUGGAGAGUCUGAGAAGCAAAGAGAUGACGGAUUAUCUCCAGAUUUGGUUACUAUUCUCCGGCAGGACUACUUUGUAUAGCAAGAAGUUCCCAAGGCUUUGGUAGUAUUGCAGCAGAAGCAUGUUCAAUUUGAAGUAGGGAAUCAUUACAUCAUCAGCGUGAUGGAAUGAGGCCAAUUUUGGUAGUGUUGGCUUCAGGUUCUUCUGGCUUGGUGAUCCGCAUGAAGCUGUCCGUUCACUGCUAUACCAUUGGGUGUUCCAUUUUCCUACUUAUUCGGAGCCUAUUAGAGGCCCACAUGGGCAUCUGCGAAUUAAUCGUAUAACUUAUUGGCCUGCCUAUAUCAUUUCUUUUGGAGCUGCAAACUUUUUGCUGUGAUAGUCAUGUGUGGUUUGGUCUCCUCCAAUUGCCUUUUUUUCCAUUAUUCUUUUAAUUUUUUUUUUACUGCAGAUGCCUCCAAUGUGUUGCCUGUACAGGUCAAGAAAUGAUGCAGGGACUGUAAAUUGGUGCACUAACCACUGUACCUGUAAGUCCAAUUAUUUAUUGAUGUUGUAAUUUUCAUUUUGAAACA